AUGGCGACACCUUUGCUAUGGUUCGCUCACGCUUGUUUGCUGAUGGUUGUUCUAAUAAAAAGUGGAGAUGCUGCUAUUCCUAAGCGCAAGCUGGCAAUAUUUCCAACCACUCAGACUAAAGGUCAGCCAUGGCCAUUACCCAGAGUGUAUAAACCCAGCCCACUAGUAUACAGUGUAGACAUGGAGAACUUCAGCUUCACAAGUGGAGCUAACGACUGCCCACUGUUAGCAGACGCUUAUUCUAGAUAUUACAAGCUGACUUUUGGUGGCUUUGGGAAGCAAACAAAAAGAUACAGUUCUCUGAGAUUUCAUCCAGAAAUAAAAGUUGCCGGAAGUUUGAAUGUCUUGAGUGUUAUAGUUCAAACUCCAUGCACUGGUAAAAUCUACCCAACUCUUCAGUCAGACGAGUCAUAUAAUCUGACUGUGGGACCAACUCUUGUCCUGCAAGCUAAGGAGAUCUGGGGAGCUUUGCGAGGGUUAGAAACUUUCAGUCAGCUUGUCUAUCGUUUGGAAUCUGGAGAAUUUGUCAUCAAUCAGACAUUAGUCCAAGAUUUUCCUCGAUUUGCUCACAGAGGACUUCUUCUGGACACAUCUCGUCAUUUUGUCUCAAAGCAUUAUCUUUUAAGAACAUUGGAUGCCAUGGCACAGAACAAGUUGAAUGUGUUCCAUUGGCACAUUGUUGAUGAUCCAUCUUUUCCAUACAUCAGCCAAGCUUUCCCAAACCUUAGCUUAAAGGGAGCAUUUAAUCCAGAAAGUCAUGUGUACACACCAGCAGAUGUUGCAGAAGUGAUUGAAUAUGCUCGUAUUCUGGGAAUUAGAGUCUUGGCUGAGUUUGACACACCAGGACACACAGAGUCUUGGGGCAAAGGUCAGCCAGGGUUACUCACUGAGUGCUUCUCACAAGGUGGCUUUAACGGAAACUAUGGACCCAUAGAUCCCACUAAAAACACCACAUAUUCAUUCCUGUCCACAUUUUUUAAUGAAGUAAGCCAAAAUUUUCCUGAUCAUUACGUUCAUCUAGGAGGUGAUGAGGUUUCUUUCACUUGUUGGGAAUCUAAUCCAUCAGUUAAAAAAUUCAUGAAGAAUAUGGGCUUUGGCACCAACUUUGCCAAACUUGAGGAGUACUACAUGCAAAAACUUCUUGAGAUUGUUGGGGGCUUGCAGAAAGGUUACAUUAUCUGGCAAGAGGUCGUGGACAAUGGUGUGAAGGUGCUGAAUGACACAGUGGUUCAUGUGUGGAAGGACGGCUGGGAGGAGGAAAUGAGCCGUGUCACUCAACUUGGCUAUCAGACACUGUUGUCUUCAUGCUGGUACAUCAAUGACAUAUCUUAUGGUAGCGAUUGGACCUCACUAUACACAUGUGAUCCACAAAACUUUAAUGGUACUUUGGCGCAGAAGGAACUUGUUGUAGGAGGGGAGGCCUGCAUGUGGGGAGAGUGGGUGGACAACACAGUCGUGCUCUCCAGAACAUGGCCCAGAGCUUCCCCUAUAGCUGAACGUCUUUGGAGCUCAGCAGAUGUGAAUGAUCUUGAUGCAGCUAUCCCCCGUUUAGCAGAGCAUAGAUGCCGUAUGAUCAGGCGUGGAUUUCCUGCAGAAGAAGUGAAUGGACCUGGAUUCUGUGAUGUUGAGUAUGAAGAGUGA